GACCAGAGCAACAACAACAACAUCAUCUCUCUCAUCUGUUUGUUCUGUGUUUGUUACUCCCAGAAACUGUGGGUUUCUUAAGACGACGACUUUGUUUUUUUUUGGGGGAAAAAAAUAAAAUGUUAUAACUCAACUUCCAUGAAAUAGAAAAAAAAAAGAAAAUACAAUUUCUUCCCACUCAAAAAAAAAUAAUUAAGAAAAAUUUAAAAAAAAAACUUCCGUUUGCAAGUCUUCGCAAGGCAUUUCUGCUACUCCCGCCGUCUGUCCUUCCUUGUGCAAACUAUUUAAGUAACCCCCCGCACUCAGAAGCAAUGGUUGCUGCUGGCCUCAAACAACAACUGCGCGGCAAUCGUUGCUAUGUCUCCUUGGCCUGUUCCAUUGGCUCCAUUAGCCUGGCCUGUGGCAGCUUCCUGCAGAUACCCAACACCACGGAUCGCAUUUCACUGCAGCGUGGCCUAUUUCUGACUUCGCUGGGCUUCAUCUACUUCAUUUCGCUGACGGACUUCUGUAACAAGUAUCUGCUAGAGACACGACAUGGAAUAAAGUUUCGCAAGAAAUAUCGGCUAAUGAUGUCAGAUGUUCUGGACAUGACCAAUAAAAUUGUUUCCGCCAUCCAAGCAUCUUUUUCAUUCCUGGUCGGUUUGAUUGUUUGCAAAUCGACAUGCAGCAAAACAUUCGUCUAUGCCUCCCAUUGCCUGAUGGAGGGCUAUGGCUGGUUCGGCACCGCCUACUUCAUGUACGAUAUAUGGUCCAUGUAUAAAGUGCAUACCCAGAAGAUAGCCGACAAAUUGAAGCUGAUGAAGAUGACUUCAUCGGCGUCGUUCACACCCAAGCCACUGGCCACGGGCCAAUCGAAUGGUGGACUCUAUGACAAACACAUUGCCCGGACCUUUGCGGCGAAUGGUCAGCGCUUGGUGGCCCUGGACGAAUCUGCGGACACGAACGGCGAUGAUAUGCAGCACAUACGUCAUCAUGAGGAUGAAAUCUACGACUAUGAUGGGGAGACAGUUCAGAUUCCCGAGAACGGAAAAUGGGGUUUCUUCAAGUAUCUGAUAACACAUCCGGUAAUGAUGAUUCAUCACAUUUUUGUUGGCACAGUGGGCUUCUUGGUGGUCACGUACAUACGUGGUGGUGGCCACUGCAUCUACAGUUACAUGUUUAUGAUGGAGUUCUCCACACCCUUUGUCUCGCUGCGCAGCAUCCUCAGCACCCUGGGCCUAAAGGAGACCCGUUCCUACAUUAUCAACGGCUUGGUAAUGCUGUUCUCUUUCUUUGUGUGCCGCGUCCUGAUGUGGCCCUAUGUCAUGUGGCGUUACAGUGUUGAGAUCAACGCCACCUUCUGGCAGGCCUUGAUCAAUUUACCUAUUGGUUGUAUUUUUGGCAUUUUGGUUUUGUUUUUGCCGCAGAUCUAUUGGUUCUUCUUGAUGUCCAAGGGGGCAAUAAAGGUCUUCUUCCCCACAAAAUCGUCCUCCCCCAAAAAAUCCAUAACAUCUGAUGCCGUUGUCGAUUCCAAAGUCUCAAAAGCUUCAAAUGGCAAUCUAUCCACAGCAACCCCCCUGGGAAAUGGUUCGUGUAAAACAAAUGGCAGUCUAACCAAACCGAAAACCACCUAAACUCAAAGAACACAACUGACAAAGAGUAACACAACAUUUAUUUUAUUUAGAAAAAAGAAAAUAAAAUUGAAUACCCACUGAAGUAGAAAAGAAGAAAAGCCAAGCAAGAAUUCUUUGAAAACAACAGAAACAACAAUAAGAGCAAAACAAACAAACAAAACAAAACUUAACCAUUAACUACCUUUAUUAAGUGAUUUUAAUUUAAUUAUUAAAAAGUAAUAACUACUGUUUUGUAACUUAAAAAUACACACAAAACAAAAA